CAGCAGGCUGCCAUCUGAUUGGUGGAGCUGUGAGUCAGCCGCUCAGCCUGGUUAUUGUUCCCAGCUGUGGAACGCACAUUAUCCGUCGACAUGAUGGAUCCAUGUUGUGCCUGCUCGCUGUGGACUGGUCCUGCUGACAGGCCUCAUGUGUGAGCGGCCAAAGAUCCACAUCUUCCUGGGGGCUCCUCCCUUCUCAGGCCCAGCUGGUGUGAAGGGAGAGGAGCAUCCCCCUGGCGACUGGAGACACCUGGAGCUCACCUGGCAGGACGGACAUCUGAGGCCGGCAACAGAGAACGACAGAACCAGCAGGGAGAAGACAGAAGCUGAUGUGAGUUUGCAAAGCCAGGACGAUGAAACAAACGCUGAUCAGGAUGACUCGUCCUCCACAGCUGAGCGGACCACAGAGGCGUCACGAGGACUGGAAGAACGAGCAGGAUCAGGUUGCGACAAAGACCUCAGCUCAGCCGGUCAGAGACAUGCAGAAGGGUUUCUGAGCCGAGUCGGAGAAUCAGAUGGUGAAGAGGACGGUCAGUGUUCAGCUUCAGUUCAUGAGUAUCUGGACAGCUGUUUCCCUGCAGUUCAGACAGAACCAGAAAGACCAGAACAUCCAGGAUGCUCUGGACACCAGCCAUCAGCAGCCGCACAUCCCCUCUCUGCCCGCACUCAGUACCUCACCACCUGGGCUCUGAGUCAGGCAUUACUCCUGAGAGGUAAACGUGGCAUCCAAUCAGCAACUAGCCCAGAAAAGACCCCGCCUCCUCACACCCACACGUCACCACCCAUCUCCUCCAGCACCCCGGAGCUCUUCAGCCCUGGAACCCCUUCUCCUGGAGGCUCUGCAGAGCUCUUCAGCCAGCCCAGCCCAACGCCAAGGGUGGAGGAGGGCGGUGUCGUCAUGGAGGCCACUGCUGACGGGGUCCUCUGCUCUCAGGAGGCCCAGCAACAGGAGUCCACAGCUGCCCAGGCCUCCUCCUCCAAAUCCCCUGAACUCAAGAAAGCUCGAAUCUCAGAAAACCUGAGGACUGAAGCGCCUGUGGUGCAGUUGGUCAGCACAGACGCAGCUGCUAAGCUCCGAGCUCCCACCACACUUCUAAGUCGGUGUGACAAACGAGGGGUUCGGUACUCGGUUCUGGUGGCGGUGGUUCACCCCUGUCACUUGAAGGAGGUCAAGGUGAAGUCCGGGAUGACGGCGGGGAACUUCAUUCCUCUAGCGUCCAUUGUGGUAACGGACCAAUCAGGUGUAGAGAUGAAGGUGGUGCUGUGGCGGCGAGCAGCGUUCUGGACUUUGACAGUUGGUCCCGGAGACAUUCUGCUCAUCACAGGACUGCAGGUGAAUGAAGACAGGUGGAGAGGAGAGACGGUGCUGCAGUCGACCUUCAGCAGCAAACUGCUCAACCUGGGACAGAUCACUGCCUCCACCUCACCACCAGCUCCUCAGCAUGUUAAUGCUCGCUCUCUCAGCUCCCUGUGUGGAUUUCUGCGGGAGCGCAGCCCCCUGCUGGUGUCUUUGAGCCUCCGCCCCCCUCAGGAGCUGAAUCGCCUCCCCUACGCCACCCUGAGGUCGCUGAGGGUGAACACACUGGUUCACGCCCUGCUGCGUGUCACACACACACACAUCAGUUCAGGGUGGCGCAGUGAGGCGGACUCUCGGUGCAGGUCAGCUGUUCAGCUGAAGGCCGUCCUGACUGUGGAGCAGCCAAACGGUCAGCAGGGGACGCUGGUGCUGUGGGGGGCAGCUGUGGACUGGCGGCCUCGCUUCAGUCGAGACAGAGCGGCUGUCUGGGACUUUCACGUCCUCCUGGUGAGGGAGGGUUUGACCAGGGACCUCCCGGAGCUGCACUCCACCCCCUGGAGCUCCGUCCAGCCUCUGGAUCCAGCUAGCCUCCGAGCGCAGGACUUCCUCCGAUCACGAACCUUUGAGACAGGAAACCACAGCAGUUUAGAGCUGGACCUCGACACGCUGCUGUCCCAGAAAUACAGCGGUGAGGUGGAGCUCAGAGUCCAGAUCAACAGCUUCCACUUCCAGGACUCUCUGCCUUCGCAGAAUGCACCGCAGCCGGUCCUGGACAGCUCCACGCCGCUGGACGGUAUUCUGACGGUGCUGAGUGGCGACAUCACAUACGUCGGCUGCAGUCGCUGCUCUGCCGAGCUCGAUACUGAUGCCAACGGUAUCUAUGGCCCCUGUUACCCAUGCCUGCCCCACACCGCUGUACGCCACUACUACAGGCCAGGUGUGCUGACAGUGAGUGGGCGGGGCAGCAGUCAGGUGUGUAUUCAGGUCCCUCCUGUCCCACUGCAGCAGAUCCUCGAAGCUCCACCUGAUAAACUCCACAGGAGCUCAGCUCCAGGUUCAGAGGUGAAGCACAUCCAGGUGGCAGCAGAGAGGAUCCAGGAACUCCUCUCCCUCCCAAGAAAAGUCUUCAUCAUCACCAUCCGGAGCCACUUCCUGCGUGAUGAAAACAGCAUCCCUAUCGAUCAGGACUUCACACUGCUGGACUUUCAGCUCCCCAGCUGACGAACUGCAGACGACCAACAUCUGCACCAGAUCCCAGGUGGCUCAGUGUGGACCAGUUAGACCUGGUGUGGGUUGUGUUGAGCAGAUCAGUGGGCUCAGGAUCAGGUCCAGAUCCAGGUCAUUUUUUAUGCUGACUGUUCACCAAGCCCUUCUUCUGGACACAAAUUGGCAGAGGUUUUUAACCAUGGAACUAAUAUAAGCUUAACUGGUUAGCAGAGUACUCCAGUAGCCUGCUGGUUAAGGCACAUCCCAGAUAUACUGACUGUGUGUAGAGAGGAAAUGCAAAUUAUCUUAGCUUAGUGCCUUAGCUCCAGCUAUGUCUGAUAAAUCAGAAUAAGAAUCAGAAAUAUUUUAUUAUUGAUCCCUGGGGGAAAUCAUGUUUGUCUUGUAAAGUUUGCCAGCAGCAGUUGUCAUUUCAGCAAAAUCAUUUCUGUGAGUCACAAAUAAAACCAGCCAUCAUCUGCGAAUAAA